GAAUUCUAGUUUGUUUGUUUUGAAUUUGAACCAUAAGCCGAAGUUCGAACACCGAUAUUAGAUCAAAAUGGCGCCAUUAAAUUUCGAAUUUAAUUAAUUAUAUCGGCGUUAAUUUUUCCGUUAGAAAUGUGAUUCCUCGAGUGAAGUGUGCCACUAACGUAAAUCUAUUGAUGUAAAAGUUUAUAUACCACUUUCUGCCAUACCAUUGAUCAAAUAUGUUCGUAAGAUGCUCCUUAUCAAUAUUAUAUUUUUUACUAAUUCUUCUUACCUUUACCGAAGCAAUUAUCACGAAAGAUACAGAUUUAAAAUGUAACUUGACGAAGGAAUUCCGGUGUGAUACCGGCGAAUGUAUACCUUUGAGGUGGAAAUGCAACGGAAUUCCAGACUGUGCCGAUGGCUCGGAUGAGCCUUUUGACUGCCAAGACGUGCCAUGUAAACCGCAUCAAUUCCAAUGUAAAUACACCAAAAAAUGCAUCCCUAAUGCUUGGAUAUGCGACGGAGAAGCAGACUGUAGCGUUAACAAGCAAGGAAUUAUCGACAAUUCGGACGAAGAUGCGAAUCAUUGCAAUAAGGGUGUUUUCUGCGCUGGCAACAUGGCUCCGUGUAAAAAUACCACCGAAUGUAUUUUAAUCGAGAAAUUCUGCGAUGAUGUGCCGGAUUGUCCGAAUAAAUCAGACGAAGGACCAUUCUGCCAUGGAAAUUGGACCCACGAAUCGAACUGUUCAAAAGGCUUUAAGCCUGUAUACGGAGAAUUCAAGUGUUACUGUCCUCAAGGACAACAGCCAGAGUUGGAUUUAUGCGUCGAUACCGACGAAUGUUUAAUUGAUGGCUCGUGCGAUCAGAUUUGUCGUAAUACGAACGGCUCUUACGAAUGCGAUUGCGUAUCUGGUUAUGAAAAAAUCAAUAAAACUAGCUGCAAAGCGAUCAAUGAUCCUCCAAACGCGCCACCUUUAGUGUUCUUUAGUACCAUGUCACAUAUCAAACGAAUGCACCUAGAUGGACGUUCGCAAAAGCAAUACAACUUAUCUACGUUAUCGUUAACCUUCGACUAUCGCAAAAGACGCAUUUGUUUUAUCCACCGAGGCGAUAACGAUACCAGAAACUACAUAACUUGCACUUCGGAUACGUUCAUCGAACGCUGGAGCCGUCCAGAACCGUCGAUAUUUCCUUUAGAAUACACAACGCACGUAGCCCUCGACUGGAUCUCCGGCAAUUGGUACUUCGUCGACGAUACCAACGAAAUGAUAUUCCUCUGCACGUCCGAUAUCACCUCUUGUGUGAUUCUGAUCGAUGUAAAUAUCAGUAAACCGAGAUUCAUCGCUUUAGAUCCGACUAAAGGAUACAUGUUUUUUACCAAAUGGGGUACGACGCAGCCGUCUCUAGAGAGAGCUUUACUCAAUGGUAAAGAAAGAGUCGUGUUGGUAGAUCAUAAAAUCGUUUAUCCGUACGGAGUUGCUGUCGAUUUCCCUCUGGAACAUGUUUAUUGGGUCGAUACGUAUUUAGAUUUCGUCGAACGAGUCAAUUACGAUGGAAGUAAUCGCCAGACUAUUAAAAAAGGAUAUCCAGUCCAAAAUUUAUACGACGUGGUCCUAUUUGAAAAUAGUAUUUACGUGUCGUCUUGGAGGAAUUUAAGUAUAAUUAAAUUAAAUAAAUUUCAACCGAAUCAACAUGAAAUCGUUACCAGUAACCUGAACCGUCCAUUUUCUGUGAUCAUUUACCAUAAACAAAGGCAACCCGAUGUUUCCCAUCCUUGUAAAGAGAAUAACGGAGGAUGUCAGCAAAUCUGCAUCCCAUUAUGGGAAAAUACCACGAAACCAAUUGCUCAUUGUAUGUGUGAACCCGGCUUCAGAUUAGUGGAGAAAAAAUGUCUUUUGGCCGAAAAGGAAUCAUUCUUAUUGUAUGGUAAAGGAAAACCAGCCAUGAUUAAGGGCAUUUCUCUGAACGGCGAAGAAGUCAUGCAGCCUAUAACCGGUCUUGUGCAUCCAACAGCGAUAGAUUACGAUGCAGUUGAACAAUAUAUUUAUUUUGUUGAUGGCCACAAAAACGUAAUCGAACGAAGAAAAAUCGAUGGCACUAAACGAGAAGUAGUCGUCAAAGAUAACAUCUUCAAUUGCAAAGGUUUAGCUGUCGAUUGGUACGGUAGAAAUUUAUAUUGGACAGACGAAGAAGUUGGGACAAUUUCGAUCGUCAGUUUGAGUAAUUUCACCAGACGAAGAACUCUAUUUAGGGAAGAUAACAGUAAUCCUCGUUCAAUUGUCUUGGAUCCUCAUGCUGGAUACAUGUACUGGAGUCGAUGGUCCAGAGUGAUGUCGAACCUACCUAGCUAUAUUGAAAAAGCAUCGAUGGACGGGAAAAACCGAACCGAUUUCAUUUCAACCGAUUUACAUUGGCCGAGCGGAUUAACCAUUGAUUUUCUCUCUCGAAAAUUAUACUGGUGUGAUUCAUUCCUCGAUAAAGUAGAAAGAAUCAACUUAGAUGGAACUGAACGCCAAGUGGUGGCUAUUUCAAAAGUUACCCAUCCUUACGGUGUCGCUUUAUUGAACGAUUUCAUUUUCUGGUCCGAACAACAGAAGGGAUUGAUUCGAAGUUACAAUUUGAAUACGAAAAAUGAAACUAUACUCGGUGUUGAAAAUCCUCUGCUGUUCGAUUUGAAAAUAUUCAGUUCGCAGAAACAAGAAGUUCUAGAUAUCGGUGAUCGUCGAUGUCCGAGUGUUUCGGAAUGUGAUGGGUUAUGCGUGAUGAAUACCGAAGGAAGUCAGUGUUUGUGUACCGAUAAUAGCUCCGAAAAUGAAAAAUGUCUUCACGCUCCGGAAAACAAUACGUCGUCGAAAUGUCCAAAAGGAAGCUUCAAAUGUGUCAACGCAGAUCAGUGUAUCGCGAUGAAGUUGAUUUGCGACGGUCAUAAAGAUUGCAGCGAUGGAUCAGAUGAAAGUCCAACUCAAGGAGGCAUUUGCGAAGGCAAGACUUGUCGCGAAGAUGAAUUCGCCUGCGAUGGAAUGCGUUGUAUUUCAAAGUACUGGAUCUGCGACGGUGAACCGGACUGCAACGAUAAGAGCGACGAAGACAGUCAGAAUUGCCCCUUACACGAAUGUUCCAAAAAGCAAUUCCGCUGCACGAAAAGUCGUCGGUGUAUUCCUUCUACUUGGGUUUGCGACGGCGAGAACGAUUGCGGCGACGAUGAUCGUUCCGAUGAAACGCAGAAUUGCACGUUGAAAAGAUGCUUACCGAAUGAAUUCGCGUGUCGGAAUGGAUUAUGUAUUUCAUUAGAACAGGUUUGCAAUGGUAAAAAUGAUUGUCACGAUUGCGAUUACGCCGACGAAAGUUGUUCUUCAGAUGAAAAUUCUUGUACGAAAUUAUGCAAAAAUGACGAAGUUUAUUGUUUUCCUGAUUUGAGCUGCGUAUCGAGGAGUAAAAUAUGCGACGGAAAUAAAGAUUGUAGCGACGGAACCGACGAAUUUGAUUGUUUAUUCAAAGAAAUUGACACAACCGAAGAAACUACCGAAUACAAAUUACCCACUACUUGCGAAUAUCCGAAUCGUUAUUGCGAUAAUGGAACCAAAUGUAUCGUACCGGAGCAAUUAUGCGAUAAUCAGAUGGAUUGCGACGAUAAAUCCGAUGAAUUUGGAAGAUGCGAUGAUGAUCCUUGCGAAUACAUGACCGAAUGCUCGCAUACCUGUAGUAAUGCUCCGGAGGGAUUCCUUUGCCUAUGCCCGGCCACCAUGUAUUUACAAAGUGACAACGUUACUUGUAAUACUAAUCAUAGAUGCGAUAUGUGGGGCACUUGUUCGCAGAAAUGCGUGAAAAGUGGAAAACAUUCCCAUAAAUGCCAGUGUUUCGACAAUUACGAAAUUCAAAACGAUCAUUUUUCGUGUAAAUCGAUCGAUAAGAGCACUCCUAAAAUCAUCUUCAGUAUUCGACACGAACUUCGUAGUAUUAAUUUACAUACUUUGAGUUCGACUUCGAUGACAUUAGGGUUGAAGAAUACCAUCGCUUUGGAUUUCCUCUAUUUUAACAACACGUAUACGCUGUUUUGGACCGAUGUAGUCGACGAUAAAAUUUUUAGAGGAACUUUAGAAGAUGACAUUUUAACCGAUAUCGAAGAAAUAGUAAAAUCCGGAUUGGCGACAGCUGAAGGAUUAGCAGUGGAUUGGAUGGGACAGAAUUUAUACUGGGUGGAAAGUAAUAUGGAUCAGAUUGAAGUUGCCCGAGUCAAUGGCAGUUUCAGAAGAACUCUAGUCGCAUCCGACCUUGAAAAUCCUCGAGCAAUCGCUCUAGAUCCCAGAUACGGUUGGCUGUUUUGGACCGAUUGGGGAAACAAGGCGCCUCGAAUUGAACGUUGCAGUAUGUCUGGAGAUUAUCGAUCGAUAAUAGUUCGAAUUGAUGAUUUAACCGAUGGAGCUUGGCCGAAUGGAUUGACGCUCGAUUAUCAGCUGAAAAGAGUGUAUUGGGUGGAUGCAAGGUUACACGCAAUAUUCACCGUCGAUUACGACGGUAACGAUAUCAAAGAACUAAUCAAAGAACACGACUUGCUUGAUCAUCCGUUCGCCAUUACGUUAUUCGAGAACCACAUCUAUUGGACCGAUUGGCGAUCAAAUGCUGUAAUCAGAGCGAAUAAAUGGAACGCUUCGGAUCUAUCAGUCAUCCAACGAACAUCGAUGCAGCUGUUCGACGUGAAAAUCAUGCAUCCCAGUCGACAGCCAAGAACUCUGAAUAAUCCCUGCGGUGUGAAUAACGGAAACUGUUCUCAUUUGUGUUUAUUAAGCAUCAAUGGAACUUAUAAAUGCGCUUGUCCUCAUAUCAUGAUUUUAACAUCCGAUAAUCGAACGUGCAAAGAAAAUGAAAUAUUUUUAUUGUAUUCUCGUCCGAAUGAGAUCAGAGGAGCUGAUUUAGUUCAACCGUAUUAUUAUACUGUUCCGGCGAUAACGGUUCCGAAUGUUUUUAACCCAACUGAGUUGGAUUUCGAUGCAUCUUCCAAAUACGUGUAUUGGAUCGAUUCUCAUGUUAAAGAAGUGAAAAGAACGCCGAUUAUUGGAGGAAGUGUUGAGAGUAUUAUUGAUACAGGAGUAAAUAAUCCGAGUGGCUUGGCUGUGGAUUGGAUUUCGAAAAAUCUUUUCAUUUCAACCAACGAUGAGGAGUCUCGAAUUAUCGCUUGUAACCUGAAAGGAGAAUUUUUCACUGUUAUUUUUUCCAAUCAAAAUGCGAAUAAUAAUGAAAAGAUCACCAAUAUCAAAUCAUUGGCCAUUCAACCAACAGCAGGCCGCCUAUUUUGGACCGUCACCGAGGAAGAAGGAUCUCACAGUAUUAUUUCCAGCGAUACGAGUGGCCAACAACGUAUAACACUGACAUCGAAAAAAGUCAACGAUCAUCUCAACGAGCCUUCCUGUCUAACCGUCGACGAAUUGACCAACUCGUUGUAUUGGAUAAAUAAAGAAUCCCACGUCGUACAGUACAUAAAUCUACAAACCCAUAAAAUACAAAAUAUCCUUCUGCAAAUGGAGCAAAGUGAUCCGAUCGCUAUCACGAUACAUUUAGAUUCCAUUUUCUACGCUGAUUCAGAUUCCAGUAUUCAUGUGGCGAAUAAAAUCAACGGAUCGAAUAAUACGAUAUUUAGAACUAAUACUAGUGGGGUGAAUUCGAUGAUCGUAUACGAUCCGGCUAAACAACGAGGAACGAAUGCUUGCGCUAAAAAUCGAGGAAACUGUUCGCAUUUAUGUUUACCAGUUUCGCCCAACACCAGAGUGUGCAAAUGCAGCAUAGGAUAUCACACCGAUCCCAAAGAUUCUACUAAGUGUAUUGGUAUUAAAGAAUUCAUCUUGUAUUCGAUUCACUGGGAAAUCAAAGGCAUCACCAUGAAUUCAACUGUAAACCAGACGGAAAAUAUUCUUGCUCCGAUUUCGCAUAUUUCGAUGGCUUCCAGUGUGGAUUUCCAUGCCAAGGAAGAUUAUUUGUAUUGGGCUGACAGCGACCAUGGUACUAUUACUCGUAUCAAAAGAGACGGGUCACAACGUGAGACUAUUAUCGGUUUACCCAACCACGAUACCACCCAAACAGAUUGGUUGGCUGGCAUCGCGGUCGACUGGAUAGCCGGUAAUAUUUACUGGACUGAUCCACGACUUCACGUAAUCGAAGUUAGUCGAUUGAAUGGCACCCACAGAAAAGUAUUGGUUUACACGAACAACGAUAAGCCUAUUUUCAUUGCCGUUGAUCCUAUCCAUGGACUGAUGUUUUGGAAUGAAGGCGGUGACGUUAAACGUAUCAGAAAAGCUACUCUGAGCGGUACUAAUAAACAAAUCGUUGUCAAUGAGACGAAAUCCAAUAUCAACGAUAUAACAUUAGAUUACGAAAAUCAAAUGCUGUAUUGGUGCGAGACGAAUAGUAUUUAUGGAGUCAGAUACGACGGUAGUGAUAAGAAACUAAUGCUUAGAGAAUCGCGAAUCACUCCAGCUGGUUUAGUCGUUUAUAAUAAAAGCUUAUACUGGAUCGAUGUAUUACAUAAUCACGGCAGCUUGAAAGUAGCAUCUUUGAAAAAUGUAUCGGAUUAUCAAGAUAUCAUCAACGGAGUCGGUGAUUCGUUACGUGACAUCGUUAUAUUUUCGGAAAAACGUCAAAAAGGCUCGAAUCCUUGCGCCAUAGAUAACGGAGGCUGCAGCGAAUUGUGUUUGUUCGAUGGCACGAAAGCGAUUUGCAAUUGUACGUAUUCGGUCGUCGAUUCGGAUGGAAAAUCGUGUAAACCCUACGAUACAUUCCUCAUGUAUUCUGGAAUCACGCAUAUCGACAGUAUUCACAUCACCGAUACCGAAGACAUGAAUCCUCCGUACGCGAUCAUUUCGUCUAAAACUAAUAUGUUGAAUACAAUUGGAUUAACUUACGACUAUUCUCGAUCAUUGUUAUUUUAUUCGGAUAUACAGAGGAGUACGAUUAAUUCUGUCUACUUCAAUGGUUCCAGUCAUCGUAUCAUUGCUGAUCGUGUCGGAUUAGUGGAAGGAAUAGUUUUCGAGCCGAGUGAAAAAUGGCUAUUUUGGACUUGUAAUAGUAACGCGACUAUCAAUAAGUUCAAACCGUAUGGAAAUUCGACCAAACCUGAAAUCGUGGUUCGACUCAGCACUCAGGAUAAACCUCGUGGAAUUGAUAUUGAUAGUUGCGAAAUGAAAGUCUACUGGACGAAUUGGAACAGUGAAAAACCCUGUAUACAACGUUCGUUCGCCAACGGUUACAAUGUCGAAUCGAUCAUUACCUCCGAUAUAAUCAUGCCUAAUGCCAUCAUCUUGGAUCACGCUGCUAAAAAAUUAUACUGGGCUGAUGCCAGAAUGGAUAAAAUCGAACAUUGCGAAUACGAUGGUUCUAAAAGAGUGAUAAUCCCUAAUGCAGCCCCACCUCAUACCUUUGGUUUGGCUAUAUUCGGAGAUUACCUAUUUUGGACGGAUUGGGUAAUGCAGUCGGUGAUGAGAUGCGAUAAAUAUACCGGAGAAAACGCCAUCAAGCUUCGAUCAGCCUCCAGACCGAUGGGUAUUAUCGCUGUAUCGAAUUCAUCACGUUCUUGCGAUGCUAAUAAAUGCCACUUUUUGAACGGCGGUUGCGAAGAUAUCUGUCAAACAGAUGUAACCGGAUCGGUCGUAUGUAAAUGUAGAGAAGGCAGAAGGCUCUUAGAAGAUGGUUAUCGUUGCGGUAGCAGCAGUCUAUCUAGCCCUAAAUGUGCCGACGAUCAAUUUACCUGCCGUUCCGAGAAACAAUGCAUUCCUUACGAAGUAACCUGCGAUGGAGUUUCGCACUGUAUCGAUAAAUCCGACGAAGAUCCGAUUUAUUGCAGUAAAAGAAAAUGUCGUCAAGGAUUUUUUGCCUGUGAUCAUAACCGUUGCCUUAAAAAUAACCUCAGAUGCAAUUCGUUCUCUGAUUGUAUGGACGAAUCGGAUGAAUUAGAUUGCCCUUGCAAAGAAUACGAAUUCAGAUGCGGUAGCGGCGAAUGUAUACCGAACCCAUUACGGUGUAAUGGAGAUAGAGAUUGUAUGGAUUACUCGGAUGAAAAUAACUGCCCCAUCAAUUGUAGCAAGUUACCAGUUGGAAAAGGAAUACCGUGUAAUACAACGUCCAUCUGUAUUCAUCAGCAGUGGCUUUGCGACGGAGAUAACGACUGUGGUGAUAAUAGCGACGAAGUUAAUUGCGACAGAGAAGGCGCCAAUUCGACAUUUUCUUGCGGUCCUGAUAAAUUCAAGUGUAAAAAUUCUCGAUGCAUACCUCAAAAUUGGGUCUGUGAUCGAGAUAACGAUUGCGGAGAUAAUGUUACCGAAACUUCGUUAUCUUCGGACGAGAUGAAUUGCACUUUCACUUGUAACAGCGAUCAUUUCUCGUGUGAGAAUAAAGAAGGAUGUAUUUUGAGAACGUGGCAAUGUGACAGUAUCGCAGAUUGUUCGGAUGGAUCUGACGAAAAGAAUUGCGAAGCUAGAACGUGUCUGGAUACCGAAUUCAAGUGUAAUUCUACCGGAAGAUGUAUACCUUGGUCUUGGGUCUGCGAUAAAGAAUUCGAUUGCCAUGAUCGAUCCGACGAAUCAAUUGAACAAGAUUGUAUACCGUACUGGAACGAGAAGUGUUCGCCGGAUAAAUUCAUGUGUUUGAAUAAGAAGUGUAUUUUCAAUGAGUAUUAUUGCGACGGUGAUAACGACUGUGGAGAUAAUUCGGACGAACCACCGAGCUGUAGAAUUUGCGAAUCGCCUAAUUUCUUGUGUAAUAAUGGAAAAUGCGUUCAUUUGAGCGUCACUUGCGACGGAAAAGACGACUGCGGCGAUAAUUCCGAUGAAAAUAUUAAUAAUUCUCUUUGCGAAAAAAAUCAUACGCAACAAUGUACCAGCGAAAUGUUCUUGUGCCAGAACCAGAAAUGUAUCAAUGAAUCCCUAGUUUGUAACGGAAAAGAUGAUUGUGGAGAUCUCAGUGACGAAUAUAAAUGCAACAUCAACGAAUGCUCUUUGGCCGUUUCUCACUGCCAACACACCUGCAUCGAUAAGAAAAUCGGUUUCGAAUGCGCCUGCAAUACCGGAUAUCAAGUCCAUCCGUCAAUACCUCAUAUUUGUAUCGAUGUUAACGAAUGCAAAAGCAGACCUUGCAGUCAAAUUUGCGUCAACGAGCGAGGAUCUUAUAAAUGCUACUGCGACAAGGGCUACGUCUUGUUAGAAGAUAAACAUUCGUGUAAAUUGAAAACUGAACAACCACCUUCUUUAUUACUGACAAAUAAACACUUUAUAAGAAGAAUCGAAAUGAAUGGUAAUUCCACCAUCGAAGUUCAUAAUUUAACCAACGCCGUAGGAUUGGAUUACGAUUACGAAAGUGGCUGUUUAUAUUGGUCCGAAGUAUCGAAAAGUUUGAAAACUAUUCGUCGACAGUGCCCGCAAAAUACCACUUUCCAAACUCUUCAUGGAUCGAAUUUACUCAACCCGGAUGGUCUGGCCGUUGAUUGGAUCGCGAAAAAUUUAUACUGGUGUGAUAAAGGUCACGAUACCAUCGAAGUAUCCAGACUAGAUGGCAGGUUCAAAAAGGUACUGAUCAACGAUAAAAAUUUAUUACAAGAACCCAGAUCUAUUGUCCUCGAUCCCACCAGAGGAUAUAUGUUUUGGACCGAUUGGGGUAAUCAACCGUAUAUUGGUAAAGCUGCGAUGGAUGGAACCGGAGUACGAGUUUUGAUCAACGAUUCCUUAGGCUGGCCGAAUGCUCUCACCAUUAGUUACGAAACUCGUGAAAUAUUCUGGGGUGAUGCUAAACUCGAUUACAUCGCUGUGGCUGAUUUCGAUGGCAAAAAUCAACAAACUGUGAUCAGUCGAAGUACUGAUCCUUCGGUGAAUUUGCAUCAUAUCUUUGCUUUGGCGGUAUUCGAAGAUUACGUUUUUUGGACGGAUUGGGAAUCACAGACGGUAGAAAGGUGUAAUAAAUAUCACGGCAAAGAUUGCAAAUCGGUUACCCACGUUAAUUAUAGACCGAUGGAUAUCCGAGUAUUUCAUCCAUUCAAACAACCUUCAGUGCAAAACAACACGUGUAAAAAUAACGGAGGAUGUAAAGCUCUUUGCCUGAUUAAACCCGAAGGAGGCCAUGUUUGCGCAUGUCCUGAUAAUUUUGUAUUGGAUUCGGAUGGAGUAUCGUGUAAAGCAAAUUGUUCGAGUUCGCAUUUCGUGUGUCCUAAUACCUACAAAUGUAUACCGAUGUGGUGGAGAUGCGAUAAUCAGGAUGAUUGCGGAGACGGUUGGGACGAGCCGAAAGACUGUCCGGAAUUCAAAUGUUUCCCUGGCCAAUUCCAGUGCGCUAAUUACAACUGUACGCAUCCAGCGGCCAUCUGCAAUGGUAAAAACGAUUGCGGGGAUAACUCCGAUGAAAAAGACUGCGAUACGUUCACUUGUAUGGAUACUCACUUCAAAUGUGCAGCUAAUGGGACGCAACCGGCGUUCUGUAUUCUCAAUUCGUUGAAAUGCGACGGUAAUCUCGAUUGCGCUGGCGGAGAAGAUGAGCAAAAUUGCCCCACGGAAUGUAAAGUUAACGAAUUCAAAUGCGUCAAAUCGAAUAAAUGUAUUCCUUCGGUUCACGCUUGCGAUGGAGAUAAAGAUUGCGAAGAUGGGAGCGACGAAGCUGACUGUGAGGUGAGCACUUGUGCUUCGAACCAGCAAAGGUGCUCGAGCGGUAGAUGUAUUAUGCAGGCUUGGGUUUGCGACGGUGAUAAAGAUUGCCCUAAUGGUGAAGAUGAGCCGGCUAGUUGUUCGCAUCGUACUUGCGAUCCUACUUAUUUCAAAUGUGCUAAUAACAAGUGUAUUCCGGGACGUUGGAAAUGCGAUUUGGAGAACGAUUGCGGUGAUCAUUCCGACGAAAUGAAUUGUCCUCUGAGAAACUGCACAGAAAGUGAAUUCAAAUGUUUGGACGGAAAAUGCAUCAGUAAAAAUUCUCUUUGCGAUGGUCAUUUCGACUGUCAUGAUAAAGAAGACGAAUCGAAUUGCAACAUCACAUGUGGCACUGAGGAAUUCAAAUGCGCUAAGCCACCGACUUGCAUUCACUUAAAAUACAAAUGUGACGGAGAUCCGGACUGUACCGAUUUCAGCGACGAGUUAGACUGUCCCGUCUCCUGUACGAGCGAACAAUUCACCUGUAACUCGUCAGAAUGUAUUCCAGAUACGUGGCAAUGCGACGGCGAAUUCGACUGUUCGGAUAAAAGCGACGAAUCCGAAUCACUCUGCAUUAAUCGAGCCUGCCCACCUAGUAAAUACAGAUGUCGUAAUCAUAAAUGUAUCUUGAAAAGUACCCUGUGCAAUGGUAAAGACAACUGCGGCGAUAAUUCCGACGAAGACGUAGACGCUUGUAAAAUGGUCGGAAAUUGUCCUCAAGACAUGUUCAAAUGUGGCAAUAAUCAUUGCGUCAAUAAAUCUCUCAUCUGCGACGGACAAAACGACUGCGGUGAUAAUUCGGACGAAGAAAAAUGCACUUGUAGAUUUGGUACCUGCUCUCAAGAAUGUUUUGUCAAGAAAAACACAGCUCAUUGCAGAUGUGCCCCUGGAUACACACUUUUCCCUAUGGAUCAAAAGACCUGUCACGCUACUGGACAACCGGCGUAUUUGACGGUCGCGAUGGAGGCAGAUUUUGGUAUCGUUGAUCCGUACAGAGCGAGCGAUAAUUUCGUUAAAAAGAUCACACUCUCUAAAACUGGCAGUAAAGUCGAAACGUAUGAUAUUAUGAUCUCAAGUAACGAGUCAUUGGUGUUCUGGACAAAUAAACAAGAUAAUGCCAUAUUCGUCACACCGAUUACGUUCGACCUUAUACAUGGGCAAAAUGCAGGGGCUUACGUGAAGAUAUUUAAUGCAAGUGGAGUGCAAUUGAUCAACGUUGAAGGAGAAGUUCAAAGCGUAGCUGUCGAUUGGAUUAGUAAAAUAGUUUACUGGAUUGAAACCAGUACAGCUCAUCAAGCCAUUAUGGCAUGUACCACCAAAGGAAGAUUCAAAACGACUCUAUUCAACAACGAUCUCCAUAAACCUAAGGAUUUAGUUAUUGAUCCGAUGCGAGGGCAAUUAUUCUGGUCCGAGUUGGGUAAACAGGCUCGUAUCGAGGUGGCCGGAACCGAUGGUUCGAAUAGGAAACAUUUCGUCACACAAAAUAUCUAUUGGCCAAUGGCGUUGACCAUCGAUUACCCUGCCAAAAGAUUGUAUUGGGUGGAUAAUAAACUCAGAUGGAUCGAAUGUAUCGAUCUGAAUGGAACCAAUCGGCAAUUAGUGCAUCAGUUUUCGCCAGGAAUGAAACCGUUCCGAAUAGAUGUAUUUGAAGAUUUCCUGUACGUUGCGUUAAAUCAAAAAUCCAACAUUAUUAAAGUGAAUAAAUUCGGAGCUGAAAAUGUCACCAUUUUAGAAAUUGGAUCAUCACGUAUUACUGAUCUAGCAAUUUAUCAAGAAAAUAAACAAAUUCCACGAGAAAUUAAUUUCACCUCGAAGGCGCCAACUAGAAAUAAUUCGAUCUGUUUCACCGCAUUCGGAGGUCAAAAACGUAAUUGCGUGUGCGGCGAUGGUUUCGUAGAAUUGAGAAGUUCCACAAGAAACGAGUGUAUUUGUAAACAAGGCUGGACUGGUAAUAACUGCGAGAUUCCAAUUAAACAAUGUAGUUUAUGUUUGAAUGAUGGCGAAUGUGAGCCGCAGAUUCCAACCAGAUGCAAAUGUAAAGAAGGGUUCACUGGUACUCGUUGCGAACAAUGUGCUGAUCUAAGAUGUCAAAAUGGUGGUACCUGUGUGAAAGUCUCCGACGGUGUUAAAAAGUGUAUUUGUUCGCCCGGGUAUUCGGGAGCUGUGUGUAAUGUAUCCAAAUGCGAUAACUAUUGUAAAAAGGGAUCUUGUCGUUUAAUAGACACCGGACCGAAAUGUAUUUGCCCUCCUGGUUAUACUGGUAAAAGAUGCGAUCAAAACGCCUGCAAAGAUCUAUGUCUAAACGGAGGAACGUGUAGCGUGACAACAAAAGACGUGUCAUGCAUGUGCCCACCGCUAUUCACCGGUCGACGUUGCGAGACUAACCUGUGUAAUUGUACUUGUGCCAAAGGAGACCCGAAUUGCGUUUGCGAUAUCAUCGAUACACCUAGCGAAUGUCGUAAUCGACGAUGCCAGCAUGGCCAAUGUGCCAAUGGUGGCACAUGCCACGAAAUCAACGGCCGGUCUUAUUGCAGUUGUCCUUCUCCUUGGACUGGAGUCGAUUGCGAAGUAAAAUCGAAUGGAAAUGACGGAUCAACGUGUAAAGAUUAUUGUCACAAUAAUGGUCUUUGCUUGAACGGUGAAAAAGGACCUUUCUGUCACUGUAAAUCUAAUUGGAUAGGCAGUAGGUGCAGCAUUUGGUCGACUUGUGUGCAUUAUUGCUUCAACGGUGGUACUUGCCAAGAACCUACAGACGGAUCGCAUACUCCGACGUGCAUUUGUCCUGAGGACUAUUCCGGUAAUCGAUGUCAUAUCGGUAAUAAUAACGUUCCAUCGAGUGUCGAACAUGCAUCCGAUUCAGCGGAUCAUUUCUUGUCAAAAUUCAACGUUUUACAUUUCAUCAUCGUAGUUGUAUUUCUGCUUAUGAUAUUAGUUGGCGUCUAUUUCUUCCUGUCUCACAGGAGAGGUAAUGGAGCAUUUAUGCACGUUCGUAUUCAAGAAAAUGGAGCAGUAAAUAAUCCUAUGUACUUGAGAGGAGACGCCGAAGAAGAUGAAGUUACCCUAGACCAUGUUACUCCUUUACAAGAGAAGGUGAUUUUCCAAUUAUCUUCCAACACAUUCGCGAAUCCGGUGUACGAGUCGAUAUACAGCAUCGGAGGCGAACAUUCCACCAACAUAAACGAAGAGAAAAAAGGCCUACUGCAAAGCACGAUGGAAUUAAACGAUACUUUAUCAACGAGCAAUGAACAAGUGCAAUAAAUACAAGUAAAUCGAGACUAAGUUUAAUCCUUUUUUGGGACUCGACUGACGACCUCGUCGUCGUAGCAAUUUUUAAAUUUCUUUUCCAUUGAUUGGUAUGUUCCUACUAUACUUUCUGGUAUUAUAUGUUAACCUUCUUCUUGUAUGUAUGUACGUAGCUACGUAAUGUAGUUGAUCGUGAAUUAUUUUUUCUCAAACCAUGUAUAUUUUUUAUUAAGUCAAUUGUUUAAGCUGGAGGAUUUCAACUAUUUAUGCCCAAUGUUGCCAAACAAAACGUUGUGUUGUAUUUUUUAGAAUUAGGGUUUUUUUUUCGUUUUUUCGUUGAAAGGAAAUUCUCAAGCCGUCGAUUUAAAAGAAAAAAAUGGCCGCUUAUGUACCCUAAUAUUGUUGUGUUGUGUUUAAACAGUGGUAUUAUUAUUUUGUGGGUAAUUCUUUUGUUAUUACGAUGUAUUGGUUGUGAAUUAUUAUUUUAUUUUAAACGUUGUAACUUAUAAUACUCAAGCGAAACGAUGUGUUAGGUGUAAUUUUAGUACGUUACUUGUAUAAUGUCUGUUUGUAUUUGUCCGCCAUAUCCAUUCUAUAAGCAAAAUUUUACCUCAACGACGGUUGUGAAUUUUAUUAAUUUGAGGUUCCUAUGUGUUGAAAUUUUAAUUAUUUAACGCGAACGAGUGUUUCAAAUACGUAAUUUUUCUUCUUAUUUUCUUUCUUCUUUUUUUUGUACGGUUGCUUUGGAAAUAGUUUAUAAAUAGUUGUGUAAUUUUAUACGUUUAUAUAAUGUUUGUAUUAUCUACUUAAUCAAAGGGAAUCGAAUUGUUAACAUAAUUGUGCCAUAAUAUUUGUAGAUUUUAAUUACGUAUUUUAGAAUGUUUUUAAUUAUUUUUUUUGUACGUUUUUUUUUCUCUUUCCUUUUUUUGUAUUUUCUUUCGUCUAUAAUAUCGUAUAAGAGGCUCUAUAUAGAAACGUUGGUAUAUUUUUAAGUAGGUGAAUUUUAUUUUAUUUUAAUAUUUUUUUUCUCGAUGAAACAUGAAAGCAAUUUUUUUUUCGAAAGGGGAAAAAAUGUAAGGACGAAAUUUAUAUUACGAACAACGGGGCAUAAUAUUUUUUUUUAGUGUACUCGCGUAAUUUUUAUUAGCAAAUGUUACAACAUUUGAAAUGUACUAGUCAAUGCAUCGACGUAAUAUUGUAUAACUUUCUAUAUUUUUUUUUCUUUGUGCUUCCAACGGUGAUACUCAUUAUUACGUAGUAUUUUUGUUUUAUUUCAUUGUCUUUUUAUUUAAAAAAAAAAACCGGUGUACGUUUGAAUAUUUGUUCGUGUAUUAACGAGAUGUAUUUGUAAAAUAAAUUUUAGAACGUAUAA